ACAGCUAACUACAUUAUCACGAGAGCGUGAUGAAAUAAACUCAAGUGAAAUGUAAUCAGUGUUGUCGAUUCGAUCGACCGAAACAGUUAUAAAUAAUUGUGCAAAUAUUUUUAAUUGCGUUCGGUUAUAAGUGAAAAUGGCGGGAAAGUUUGACGUUUAUAUAUUUUUAAAUUUUUUUUUAAUAGUUAUUGGACAUGAACUUAAACAAGUUUGCAUAUUAAGUAGGCAUAAUAUUCGUACACCGUUGACAGCUAACUUGGAACAUUUAUCGCCGAAUAUAUGGCCAGCUUGGAGUCAAGAGCCGGGUAUGUUGACAGCGAAAGGUGCAAGAUUAGAAGAAUACAUGGGUGAUUAUAUCGUGAAGUGGCUUCAAAAGGAAAAGUUGUUAAGUGAAAGUUGUCCGGAUAAGGAUUCCAUUCUCAUUUAUGCAAAUACGAGACAAAGGACACGUCAAUCUGCAAAAGCAUUUGUACGAGGUGCGUUUAGUUCUUGCAAUGUUAAUGUUCACAGCAUUAACUCUGAAGAAAUGGAUCCAUUAUUUAAUCCAAUCUUAAGAAAUACAUCAGAUGUUUUAAAGAACGUUAUAAUUGCGGAAAUGCAGCAAAAAUUAAACGAACUUCAACUUAAAGGAUCAUAUGAAGACUUAGAAGGAAUUAUUGAUUUAAAAAAUUCUCAAGCUUGUAAAAUGAACAAUAUUUGUAGCUUUGUUGAUACUAAAGAUGUUAUUUAUUAUGAAAUUGGACAUGAGCCUAACAUCAUAGGUCCAUUAGCCUAUGGUAAUUCUAUUUUAGAUUCAUUUUUAAUGAGCUACUAUGAAGGAAUGCCAUUAGAACAAGUAGCUUGGGGCAAAAUCGACAGCUCUGACAAAUGGAAAUCUCUCGCAGAAAUAACAAAAGCAAACCAAAACGUUCGCUUUAAUAGUACGAUUUUAGCCAAAGAAGUAGCAAAUCCAUUAAUAGAUUACAUGAAAGCUUUAUUUGAAAAUCGAAACGCGCCAAAAUUCACUCUAUUACACGGACAUGAUUCGAAUUUGAAUUCAGUAAUAGCGGCCAUUGGUUUUAAGCAUUAUGUGUUGCCAGAUCAAUAUGAAACUACCCCAUUAGGCGGAAAAUUGGUAUUUCAAAAAUGGCACAACAAAGAAUUGGAUUUAUAUUUGUUAAAAGUAAAUUAUGUUUAUCAAACUGUUGAACAAUUGCGGAGAGGUACAAAACUAUCGAAUGAAAACCCGCCUCGUUGGGUAGAACUCGAAAUUGCAGGAUGUCCAAAAGACAAACAAGGAUAUUGUCUCUGGGACGAUUUUAUGAAAAUAUUAAAGGAUAUUUAAUGUAAUAGUAGUAUGUU